GAGAGAAAGAGAACGAGCUAGAGAGAUGGAGGCAACGAAAGAGAGAAUGGAGAAAGAAGAGAAGAAGAGAGACCUCACCAAUGAGGCGGGAAAAGCCGAAGACAACACGACGGUGAGAGCCAUUGUUCGUGAAUCUAUAGUGGAAGACAGAGGUUCCAACGACGGUGAUGGUCGCAAAGACAACGACCUUGGCACUCGCAAGCCAGAGGACAUUCUUGCUUUCUCAAGAACCGUACGGAAGAUCGAUUCAUCCCUCGAGUAGUAGUUAAUGUGUUCUGUUUUGUAGUCUUUAAUUUCUUUCUAAAAUGUUCAAAUUUCAACAUGUGUAAAUGAUCUUUUUUUCUAUAACAUUCGAAUGGCCAACCGCCAAACAAAUAAACUGUUUGAUAGUAU